UCUCGUAAAGUCAUUGCAUCCUCGUGAUUUUUUGCCUACGAUUUUAUUGUUUUGUUAAAUCCAUGUAAUGUUUAAGUAUGUUUAAAAUGUAGUAAAAUAAAGAAUUUCUUUCCAUGGAGAUUAUAAUACAAUCACACUAGUUAAAACUUAAAACAUGUGGUUAAAAUGUGUUAAAUCUUUUAUCUUAUUGGAAGUUAUAACUGCGUAAAUGGCUUGAAUAAUGUUGUUAUUGUAACCAUAUCGCUCGCGAUAGCAUGGCAGCGGCGAAUGCCGAGUCCGAGCGGACUCGCUUGUAUAAAUUUGCCAAAAUAUUAACCCUGAAAGUGGCCCAAAUCGUCGUGCAAAGUAGAGAUGGCAAAAAGAUCACUCACGAGUGUUCUAACAUGAAACCUUUGGACAACAGCGCCUUAUCAACAUCCCCUAGCAACUUACAAUGGUUUAACCUGUCCAUCCCCGACGAACCGGAAGUGAACUACGACACGAAACGAAUACUCAACGGUGAAGUGGUCACUGCUCUCACAAAUUUCUUGUGUAUUGAGAUAUCACUCAAAACCAUAGAUGGCGAUGAGAUGGUGCUAGAGUUGUGGACUGUGAAACUAGCCCCCUGCAUCGAAGCCCCGCUGAUUUCCGUCUCCACAAUCUACUACAGGAUGAGCGUGAUGCUGAAAUCCACGCUCAGCAUCUCGAGGAUAACGCCCGCGUACAAGAUGUCCCGGGCACAGAGCAAGGAGACCUACAAGAUAUACCACAAGAUCUACGGUGGACAGCCUAAUGUGGAUCUGUUAGGUGGAAACCACAAAGAGAUCAAAGUGAGCGAGCUCCACACGCCGAUAGGCACCAUCCUCAUCGAGGUCCGGUACCGCACCAAGAUGACCAUCCUGCCCGAGGACCGGCUCAAGCCCGCGGACAUCCUCAACAGCAACGGGGGCAUUAUGGUGAAGAGCGACCACUUCCCGACUGAACCCAAACGCGACAACGAGAAGAAAGGCAUAGACCUGAACAAGCCGCUGACGGCGGGCGCGUUCGUGGACGCGGACAAGAUGCGCGAGUUGCACGCCAUGCUGCACCAGCAGCUGCCGCCCGAGCCCCCCGUCGGCUGGCUUUUAUCAUAUAAAAAAAAAAUAUGUCCCAAAAUGUCCAUUCCAUUACGUCACAAGUUGAAAGAGAGGAAAAGGGAGGCGCAAGAGAGAGACAACGAGGCCCAGUGCAGCACGAGCAAGGCGAUAGAAGUGCCGCGGGCCCGGGACGGCGAGCGGUACAACAGUCUCAUGGACUUCCCAUUCGCCGACGGCAGUCCGAUAACGGAACUGGCCAACUUCUACCAAGAGUGCGUGCACCUGCGCUCGUGCAGCGACGAGCUGGACAUACUAGCGGAGCCCGCGGAGCCGGCCGACCUCAGCCAGCAGCUCAGGAUGUACGAGGAGGCCGUGCCCGAGUUCGACAACAUGGUCGCCUCUAUGUUCGGCGAAGACGGCGGGGAAUACUGAACUU